GGCCGCUCCAUAUUUUCACACCGAGCCCAUUAUCGCACCACGAUCUUCCUUCGUCGAAAUCCCUAGGUUCCUCCGUUGUCGUUUUUUCCAGUUGAACCAGGCCGACCUGCCCUCCCAUCUCUUCUUCGUUGUCGUUGUGAAAAACGGGUACGCUAAGGUACUAUAAGGUUGACGUUGAACUCGACUCACAGUGUGUCUGUAGGGUUUUGCAAGCUCUAUGAGCAUGUCUCUCCCACCCGUAGAGCGUGCAUACGUUAGAGAGGACUGCGUUCGUGAAUGGAAGAAUGGAACCUCUAAUUUCAAGCUCGCAGACCCCGUUCCCAUGCUUCGAUUCCUCUACGAGCUCUGCUCCACCAUGGUUUCUGGGGAAUUGCCAUUGCAGAAGUGUAAAGCAGCGUUGGAUUCAGUUGAGUUCUCCGAUAAGGUUUCGGACGAAGAGUUGGCUUCCAGUUUUGCGGAUAUUGUCACCCAAUUGUCUCAAGAUAUUAGAAUGCCUGGAGAGCAUCGUGCUCGUCUUAUAAAAUUGGCUAAAUGGUUGGUGGAAUCUUCCUUAGUUCCAUUGAGACUUUUCCAGGAACGCUGUGAGGAAGAAUUUUUGUGGGAGGCUGAAAUGAUCAAGAUAAAGGCUCAGGAAUUGAAGAGUAAAGAGGUCAGAGUAAACACCCGUCUUCUAUAUCAGCAAACAAAGUUUAACCUUCUACGAGAAGAGAGCGAGGGCUAUGCCAAGCUAGUUACCCUUCUUUGCCAAAACUCAGAAACUUCAUCACACAAUGCAGCAGCAACAAUAGGCAUUAUAAAGUCAUUAAUUGGACAUUUUGAUCUGGAUCCAAAUCAUGUCUUUGAUAUUGUUUUGGAGUGCUUUGAACUUCAGCCAGAUAGUAAUGUAUUUUUGGAGCUGAUACCAAUUUUUCCGAAGUCUCAUGCUUCACAAAUCCUUGGUUUUAAAUUUCAAUAUUAUCAGCGUUUGGAAGUAAAUAGUCCGGUGCCAUUUGGACUUUAUAAGCUUACAGCUUUGUUGGUGAAGGAGGACUUUAUUGAUCUUGAUAGCAUAUAUGCUCAUCUACUUCCCAAGGAUGAUGAAGCAUUUGAACAUUAUAGUGCUUUCUCUUCCAAGCGACUUGAUGAGGCUAACAAAAUUGGUAAAAUAAAUCUUGCUGCUACCGGGAAGGAUCUCAUGGAUGAUGAGAAACAAGGAGACGUGACAAUAGACCUCUUUGCUGCUCUAGACAUGGAAACAGAGGCAGUUGGUGAGCGGUCUACAGAGUGCGAAAAUAAUCAAACUUUGGGCUUGCUCACUGGUUUUCUUUCUGUAAAUGACUGGUACCAUGCACAUUUGCUAUUUGAGCGUCUCUCACCUCUACAUCCUGUUGAACAUAUUCAAAUCUGUAAUAGCUUGUUCAGGCUCAUUGAAAAAACAAUCUCUUCUGCAUAUGACACUGUUCGCCGAGCACAUCUCCUAAGUUUUGGGUCUUCCUCAGGAACCAGUGUUGAUGUAAUUAAUACAGAAAAUUCAUCCAGACAUGGAUCAUUUGUUGACCUUCCCAAAGAACUUUUUCAGAUGCUUGCUUGUGCUGGACCCUAUCUUUAUCGCGAUACUUUGUUGCUUCAGAAGGUAUGUAGAGUAUUGAGAGGUUAUUACUCAUCUGCACUUGAUCUUGUAAGCAGUGGUGAACGAGUCGUGGAUCCCAGUUAUGUUUUUGUCGGGAAUCCUCGUCUGCACCUUAAGGAAGCAAAGUCAAGGAUAGAGGAAGCCUUGGGAACAUGUCUACUUCCUUCUUUACAAUUGGUACCUGCAAAUCCAGCCGUUGGACAGGAAAUCUGGGAAGUGAUGAGUCUACUCCCCUAUGAGGUGCGGUAUCGUUUAUACGGUGAGUGGGAGAAAGAAGAUGAGCGCAUUCCUAUGGUUUUAGCCGCAAGGCAAACAGCCAAGUUGGACACUAGAAGAAUUUUGAAACGCCUUGCAAAAGAAAAUUUGAAGCAGCUAGGUCGGAUGGUUGCGAAGUUAGCUCAUGCAAAUCCAAUGACCGUACUUAGAACAAUUGUUCAUCAGAUUGAGGCGUACAGAGAUAUGAUUACUCCUGUUGUAGAUGCAUUUAAGUAUUUGACUCAGCUGGAGUAUGACGUUUUGGAAUAUGUUGUGAUUGAGCGUCUUGCACAAGGAGGGCGUGAUAAGCUAAAAGAGGAUGGCCUUAACGUGUCAGACUGGCUUCAAUCUUUGGCUUCAUUUUGGGGUCACUUGUGUAAGAAAUACCCAUCUAUGGAAUUGAGGGGCCUUUUCCAGUAUCUUGUGAAUCAACUGAAAAAGGGCCAAGGAAUUGAGCUGGUUCUCCUUCAGGAGCUUAUUCAGCAAAUGGCAAAUGUCCAUUACACCGAGAAUCUGACUGAGGAUCAGCUGGAUGCCAUGGCAGGCAGUGAGACUCUUCGUUAUCAGGCAACUUCUUUUGGUGUUACUCGCAAUAACAAGGCAUUAAUCAAGUCCACUAACAGGCUAAGGGACUCGCUGCUCCCAAAGGAUGAAUCGAAGCUGGCAAUACCCCUUUUGUUACUUCUUGCUCAGCAUCGUUCUGUGGUCAUAAUAGAUGCUGAUGCACCUUACAUUAAGAUGGUUAGUGAGCAGUUUGAUAGAUGUCAUGGAACUCUCCUUCAAUACGUGGAAUUUCUUUGCAGUGCUGUGACACCGACAUCAGCAUAUGCUCAGCUAAUUCCUUCACUUGAUGAUCUUGUCCAUCAAUACCAUCUUGAUACUGAGGUUGCUUUCUUAAUUUAUCGCCCUGUAAUGAGGCUCUUCAAGUGCCGUGGGAGUUCCGAUGUCUUCUGGCCUCUAGACAAUAAUGACACUCAGGGUAUCACCUCUGCAAAUUCAGAGUCUGAAGCUGCUGAGCAUUCUGGAAAUUUGGUUCUGGAUGUUGGCUCUCCAUCAAAGCCCGUAACGUGGUUGGAUCUUCUUAAUACUGUUAAAACGAUGUUGCCUCCAAAAGCCUGGAAUAGCCUCUCCCCUGAUCUCUAUGCGACAUUUUGGGGUCUCACGCUCUAUGAUCUUUAUGUCCCUAGAAAUUGUUAUGAGUCUGAAAUUGCGAAACAGCAUGCUGCUCUUAAGGCUCUGGAAGAGCUUUCUGAUAAUUCAAGUUCAGCAAUAACCAAAAGGAAGAAAGACAAGGAAAGAAUUCAAGAAUCCCUAGAUCGCCUGACUAGCGAACUCCGAAAGCACGAGGAAAAUGUCGCAUCCGUUCGUAAACGUUUAUCUCGGGAGAAGGACAAAUGGUUGAGUUCUUGCCCUGAUACUUUGAAGAUCAACGUGGAGUUCCUUCAGCGUUGUAUAUUUCCACGCUGUACUUUCAGUAUGCCAGAUGCUGUCUAUUGUGCCAUGUUUGUGCACACUCUUCAUUCCCUGGGGACACCAUUUUUUAACACAGUCAACCACAUUGAUAUUCUCAUUUGUAGAACCUUACAGCCUAUGAUAUGCUGCUGUACUGAAUAUGAAGUAGGUAGAUUUGGGAAGUUUCUGCAGGAGACGUUGAAGAUCGCAUACUAUUGGAAGAAGGAUGAAUCUAUUUAUGAACGCGAAUGUGGAAACAUGCCUGGCUUUGCUGUAUAUUAUAGACAUCCAAAUAGCCAGCGAGUUGCCUAUUUCCAGUUCAUGAAGGUUCACUGGAAGUGGAGUCAAAGGAUUACAAAGUUAUUGAUUCAGUGUCUGGAAUCAACUGAGUACAUGGAAAUUCGUAACGCACUCAUACUGUUGUCAAAAAUUUCUAGUGUUUUUCCAGUUACCCGAAAGACGGGUGUAAAUCUUGAAAAACGGGUUUCCAAGAUAAAGGCUGAUGAGAGAGAGGAUCUUAAGGUGUUGGCAACUGGUGUUGCUGCUGCUUUGGCUGCUAGAAAGUCUUCAUGGAUUACAGAUGAAGAAUUUGGUAAUGGAUAUCUUGAAUUAAAGUCUGCACCACUUGCUUCAAAGUCUUCGGCUGGUAAUUCAGCAGCCACACACAGUGGUUCUACCAUUAAUAUUUCUCAAUCUGAACCUAUAGGAGGAAAAGUGGGAGCCCUUCCCUCCCAACACCCAGAAUCAUCAAACUCAGUCAAAGACCAGAUUCUGAAAACCAAAACCUCAGAUGGGAGGUUGGAAAGAGCAGAAAGUAUCUCAACUGUAAAAUCUGAUCAAGGGCAUCUAAAACUUAAAGGUGGCUCAUUGGUGAGUGGCUCCGAUGCUCAGUCACCGAUGCCCUCAGCUGCUUUACAAUCUGGAACAUCAAGAUCUAUGGAAAAUAAAAAACAAGUGAAUGAAUCCUCAAAUAGAACCUCAGAUGAAAACAUGGGAAAAGCUGCCCCGAAGAACUCUUCUGAAUCUGAGUUGAGAGCCCAAGCAAAACGGUCAGGUCCUGCUGGAUUGCUUGCUAAGCCACCGAAACAGGAUCUUGCAAAAGAUGAUGGUAGAUCUGGAAAAGGAAUUGGCAGAGAUGUCUUGUGUCAUGCAUCAGCUGUGUCUACAAAUGUUUCUCCUGCCAUCGCAGCAAACGGUAAUACAGUUUCAGCAUCAGCUAAAGGUUCAUUUGCGAAGACAUCAGUAGAAAUUCAUGGUAUUGAAUCAAAGGUGGAUGUUGGAGCUGCAAAGGCUUCCAAUACAAGGGUUUCUGCUCCAAAGGAGGAUGGUCCUGAAACUUCUGAUGCACUGAGGCCCCAUUCUUCUCGACUUGUUCAUUCUCCUAGGCAUGAUAAUUCUGCUAGUGCUUCAAAGUCUACUGACAGACAAAGUAAACGGCGGAAAGGGGAAACUGAAAUGAGGGAUUUUGAGGGCGAAGCUCGAUUGUCUGACCGAGAGAGGUCUGUUGAUGCUCGACUGUUGGAUCUUGACAAAUCAGGAACCGAUGAUCAAAGUGUUUAUAAGGCCUCUGAUAAGCCUUCAGAUCGGUCCAAAGAUAAGGGCAGUGAAAGACAUGAAAAGGAUUACAGGGAAAGGUUGGACCGUCCUGAUAAGUCACGUGGAGACGAUUUAGGUGAGAGAUCCAGGGACAGGUCAAUGGAGAGACAUGGAAGGGAGCAUUCAGUGGAGAAAGUUCAAGAGAGGGGUAUGGAUAGGAGUGUGGAUAGACUCUCUGACAAAUCUAAGGAUGACAGAGGUAAAGUAAGGUACAAUGAUAUAUCAACGGAAAAAUCUCACGUUGAUGAACGGUAUCAUGGGCAAAGCUUACCUCCGCCACCACCCUUACCUCCUCACAUGGUUCCACAUUCAGUUAGUUCUGGAAGAAGAGAUGAAGAUGCAGAUAGAAGGUUUGGGACCACAAGGCAUACUCAAAGGCUUUCUCCGAGACAUGAUGAGAAGGAGCGUAGACGAUCUGAAGAUAAUUCACAAGAUGAUUCAAAACGUAGAAGAGAAGAUGAUUUUAGAGAUAGGAAGCGCGAAGAUCGUGAGGGGCUGUCAAUAAAGGUGGAGGAGAGGGAGAGGGAGCGAGAAAGGGAGAAAGCAAACCUCUUGAAGGAGGAGACAGAUGCAAUUGCAGCUUCUAAGAGGCGGAAACUUAAAAGAGAGCACCCGCCUUCUGGGGAACCUGGUGAGUACUCACCAGUUCCUCCUCCUCCACCACCUCCUCUUUCUAUUAGUUUGUCCCAGUCAUAUGAUGGAAGAGAUAGAGGAGACCGGAAAGGACCCCCUGUCCAGCGUGCAGGGUACUUGGAGGAACCAAGUGCGAGGAUUCAUGGUAAAGAAGCAGCCAGCAAGAUGACUCGUCGUGACCCUGAUCCGAUGUAUGAAUGGGAGGAUGAGAAAAGGCAAAGAGCUGAACAAAAGAGAAGACACCGGAAGUGAUGUACUGAGAGUUUUCAUUAUCUACAUGCUCUUGAUGUAGUUCCCAUCACUAUCUAGUCUUUUUGGUUUGUAACAGAUCUGUUGUAGUAAAUUCUUUCAUGGCGAAUGGUCUUUCAUCCGAUGAUCCCUUGAUUGGGCAGUGAUAGAUUCAUUCAUAUUCCGAUGUACAAUAUUGUAAAUUUCUUAAAUGUGGCCACAAGUGUACAGAGAGUUGUUUUAAGUAAAAUUAUUAGGUUCAAAGGAAAACUUCAGAUAUUUUUAGAAUUCUGAACGUCAGAAUUUGAAGGGAAUUUAAAGAAUCCCAAAUUUUUUGAAUGGGAAUUCAGAGAAA